UCCGCCGCUUCAGCACCUCGGACAGCGCCCUCUCCGAUAGGCUGCGGCGCGGCGGCGGCCAAUGGCGGCAGCGGCAGCGGCGGCGACAGCGAUGCGCAGCAGCGGCUGCGGCAGCAUCCCGGCAGCAGCCAAUCAGAAGCCUCCGUUCCUCUCCCACAUCCAACCCGAAUAACUGCAGAUGCCCGCAUCAAAGCAGCGGGUCUCCCCCUCUCCUCUGCGCACAGCCCGGGCGCAGAGCUGCUGGCUAUUUUUGGAUCUCAUAGUGGCCAUUUUUUCCCUCUUUCUCUCUCUUCCGCCUUUGAGUCGAUUAAUCAUCGAUAUGUGCUGAUUUAUUGAUGUGUGGAGGAGAAUCAUCGGAGCUGCGAGCACCGUAGCGGGCCGGUAACAGCCGAGAGCGGAGAGAUUUGCGCUUCUCAAUGGAAGACAUCUUCCUGUCCGCUGCGAGAGACGGACUGAAGCGCAUCUGUGUCCCCGCCGAGCACACACGGACUUUCUAUAAAUGAAGAUCUGAUAAUAAAGACUCAGGAGGAGCAACGUGUCGGCCUCAAGCACCGGGGCUCGUCGUUAAUCAGGGACGGAGCCGUUUGACGCCCUGGAGCCCGGAGACAGGAGACCGAGCUGCUGUCCACAUUUUGACCGCAGUUGCUGAGCAGCGGGGGGGUCAAGGUGUGAUCCAUGGAUCCCACAGGAAGACACAAAUAAUCAGCAGGUUCGACCUCCUCCAGAAGUGAGACACUUUGGUCCUCUUGGAGCUCUUUGUCUCGACCAAUCAAAGAGCUUUCCCCCUACUGCUUCCCUCUCCACCUGUCCUCUGUCUCACUGCUGACCCUCGAGCAGACAUCAUGGGCACGGUGCUGUCUCUGUCUCCCAGCUACCGCAAGGCCGUGCUGUUUGAGGACGGUCCGGCGACGGUAGGCCACUACACAGCCGUCCAGAACAGCAAGAACGCCAAGGACGCUGCCGCAGCAGCCGGGAAGUCCCUCAAACGGCCCUCUAUCAUCAGCGUGCUGCCAUGGAAACGCAUCGUGGCUGUAUCGGCGAAGAGGAAGGGCUCCAAGAAGUUGCAGGCAGACGGCGGGGACGGCGGGAAAGGAAGCUCCCCGGAUGGCCACGCCACAGCCAACUCAGCCUCCAACAGCCUGAAGCUGAAGAAGUCUCAGUCCUGUGCAAACCUUUCGUCUUACUCCUCCAGCCAGGACCCCUCGGCCACCACCACCACUACCUCCUCCCACCUGCCCGUCUCCAAGACCUUGGCUAACGUAGCUACUGUCGCUGCCAAAAAGAAUUCCCUCACAGGCUCUGGGAUCCAGCCAUCCGCUGCUACCGGCACGCCAAAACGUGUCAUCGUCCAGGCCUCCACCAGUGAACUGAUGCGCAGCCUGGGUGAGUUCCUGUGCCGUCGGUGCUACAGACUGAAGCGUCUCUCCCCGACAGACCCGGUGCUGUGGCUGCGCAGCGUCGACCGCUCCCUCCUCCUGCAGGGCUGGCAGGAUCAGGGCUUCAUCACUCCGGCCAACGUGGUCUUCCUCUACAUGCUGUGCCGCGACGUGGUCUCGUCCGAGGUGGCGUCGGAGCGCGAGCUGCAGGCCUCGCUGCUCACCUGCCUCUACCUGUCCUACUCCUACAUGGGCAACGAGAUCUCCUACCCGCUGAAGCCCUUCCUGGUCGAGGCGGAGAAGGAAGCCUUCUGGGACCGCUGCCUGGAGAUCAUCAACCGCAUGAGCGGCAAGAUGCUCCAGAUCAACACCGACCCGCACUUCUUUACCCAGGUGUUCGCCGACCUGAAGAACGAGAGCAAGAAAGAGGAGGAGAAGACCAAACUCCUCAUAGGCCUCGACCGAUAAGAGGGAGCUGGGAGGGGGGAAGGAAGGAUGGAUAGAAAGAUUGACGGGGUUAAUAGGUUGAGGACAGGCGGACUAAUGUAACGCAGCGUAGCGAUACCGUGGAGCAGUAACGUUGUCUGGCGUCUCUACCAGUUCAUCAUUAACCAUAUUCCCUGUUUCUGGGUUCAAAACACUCUGAGACAGAGGCAGUAACUGAUCUGUGUCUCGCCUGAAGGCAACAUGCGUCCUACAGGACCAUUUUACCACAACGCAGCAGAUAAAAUCAGAGCUGUCAGCGACGUUAUUUGACAUGAUUGGAUCUGAUUGGAUCUGUUGAUAUCCAGCGCCCGGGUCAGGAUGUGACAGCAACAAGCUUUAAAGCAGAGAUACGAUCACGUUUAUCAAGAACAAUGUAACUGACAACACAGACAGAUGUUUUGUCAAACGCGCGGCCAGCAGGGUCGGUGAUGUCACAUUUACACGCUGUGAGAAAUAGAUCAUUUUUAUCUUCUGCCUCAGGCUCAGAUUCACAUCAGUCCGACCUGGACCUUGUUUCAGUGAGAUCAGAAAUGCAAUCUGAUAUUUUUCUGUCGUUCAGAGACGCCAGACAGCAGAUUUACUCAUCACAGGAGAAUAUUAUAGAUAUAAAGACACAGUAUGUUGAUGAUCGUGUGUGAAAGCAUCCAGGCAUUUCCACUAUAGAGAGAUGUCACGGUGAUGAGAAUCACCUUGCAUGAGGUCACUCCAUACGUCCUUGCACAUGACCACCUGCUUAUUGCCAACUCCACUUUACCUUAUUCCUUAUUGUCCUGCCCGAGCUUAUUGCACUCACCGACACUGGCUGCCAUGUCACUGUUUAAACUUUAACCCCCCCCCCCCCCCCCCCAAAAGCAGACGAGCUCGAACCAACCACAACAAGUCUGACUGUGAAACACAAGUUGCUAUUUGGUGUUGUUGUACUGUAGUGGAUUAAUUCAUCCACGUUAUGUAAAGUACUGUAGUUUCAUUUGGGAUUAUCCAGUCAAGUCUGAUAUGAAUUAGGAGAUUAGUGAUUUAUUUUUAAGAGUAUCAAAUGCUUUUCCAUUGGACUCAGAUUACAGCCCAAGCAGCAGAAGAAAUGUUGGCACUGUACGUGUCUGCAAACCACUGAUUCAUUAUAUUUGUACGUCCUUAUGUCGGGGAUACACUGAAACUGUGUUUCAGAAACUCUGUGAUUAGCGUGCGUUAAGGCACAAAAACCACUUGGUUAUAGUUAAAGAUCAUGUUUUGCCUUAAAAUACCCUGUUUUGGUGGCGCAAUCACAGCAGGAGAUGCAGUAAUGUCUCAGUAAAAAAGAACUGCUUUUUGCGGCACUACUCCUGAGAGAAAAACAGCGACAGGUUGCUACAAAACACCCGUGCUUGAUGGUUUGAAAGCCACAUAUGAGGAAGAAACAACCAUUUUUCGUGCCACUUUCCUGGCAGGAAAUGCAGCAAAAUCUCGUUAAAAAAAGCUGCUUUUUGUGGCACUAUUCCUGGGAGAAAAACGGUGACAGGUCGCUACAAAACAGCCACACUUGAUGGCUAUAAAGAUCCUGAAAACGCAGAGAUGGCUCAGUAAAAAACAACCACUUUUUUAAGGCACUUUCCUGGCAGGAAGCACAGCAAGAUCUCGGUAAAAAAGAGCUGCUUUUUGUGGCACUACUCCUGAGAGAAAAACGGCGACAGGUUGCUACAAAACACCCAUGCUUGAUGGUUUAAAAGCCACUGAAAACACAGCAACGUAUGAGGAAGAAACAACCACUUUUCGUGCCACUAUCCUGACAGGAAAUGCAGCAAAAUCUUGUUAGAAAAGAGCUGCUUUUUGUGGCACUAUUCCUGGAAGAAAAUCAGUGACAGGUUGCUACAAAACAGCCGUGCUUGAUGGCUAUAAAGAUGCUGAAAACGCAGAGAUGUCUUAGUAUAAAAACAACCACAUUUUAUGGCGCUUUCCUGGCAGGAAAUGCAGCAACAUGUUGGUAAAAGAGACAUUUUUUUGUGGUACUAUACCUGGGGGGAAAACAGCGACAGGUUGCUACAAAACACCCAUGCCUGAUGGUUAAAAAGAUGCUGAAAAUGCAGAGAUGUCUCUGUAAAAAACAGCUGUUUCUCGUGGAGCUAUCCCAACGCAGCAAAUAUCUCAGUAAAAAAAGAGCCACUUUUUGUGACACUAUUCUUCUGAGAAAAACAGUGGCAAGUUGCUACAAAACAGCCAUGCUUGUUGGCUAAAAAAUGCUAAAAUGUAGCAGUCUAAGUAAAAAACAACCUCUUUUUUAAGGCACUUUCCUGGGAGGAAAUGCAGCAACAUGUUGGUAAAAGAGACGUUUUUUGUGGCACUAUACCUGCGGGAAAACAGCAACAGGUUGCUACAAAACAGCCACGGUUUAUGGUUAAAAAGCUCCUAAAAACGCAGCAACAUCUCAGUAAAUAAAGAGCCACUUUUUGUGGCACUGUAGAAGAAAAACAGAGACAGGUCGCUACAAAACAGCCACGCGUGAUGGCUAUAAAGAUGCUAAAAACACAGCAAUAUCUCGGUAACAGUGGCUUCCACCGUCCCCUCCACCUCCUGAUGACAACAUAAGCUCAUUUACUGCGUCACUUUAAAAAUGUUGAUAUGAUAUGUAUUUAACAUAUACAUGUAACAUACUCCUGGUUUGCAGAAACGUACAACAUGUUCUUCUACUGGGUGGCAGAUUAAUAAUUCAACAAGCUCUUCUGUAAAAUGUUUACAUUCACAAAAAUAUGGGAAAAUGCAAUAGUGACUCCUCCGAGCUGAUUUUACACGGGGAAUUAUUUCAUUCCUUCUCGUUCCCCUGCACUUUCUCCUGCAGUCCAUAUUGGUGCUGAGUGACCACAGGAAGGAAGGAAGGAAGGAAGGAAGACAGACAGAUUUGUGUUUUGAAAUCCUGCGUUCAUCCCGUAUGCUCCACGCUGUGUGAAUGAUGGGUGGAGCUCGGGUCGUGGAGGACAGAGAGGAGAUCAUGUGAUCUGUCUCAACCAAUGGCCACACAUGUCAGAAUGAGAGAAACUUGACUGUAUUCCAGGUGUGUGGCCCCAUGUGACUUCUCCUCUAAAACAAGGCCUCCACCUCCUCCUCUCUCCUCUUCCCUCCGCUCGGUACUCCCCACAGACAAACAGCAGAUUCUGUCUCUCUCUGUCCACCUGCUCCGGUCCCGUCCUGUCUGGUGCAGUCCAGCUGUUCCAUAUUUAGAGACUCUCUGGUCUGCUGACCUGGUGGCUUAGUUACUCACCGAGUCGUUUGACAUGCAUGUGUGCUUCUAUAGGUUUCCUAGCAUGCUGCUUUGUGUUGGGCACGCCGCACCUAAUGUUACAGAGCGGUCGCCACGCUCAACUGCUGACGGCUGGACUCAGUGAUGUGACAUCAGGCGACUCGGCACGAGGACUCUCUAAUGAAGGAAACGUGUGAAAGGCAACAUGUUUUUUGCCUUCGCUGAGCGCACAUCGAUAAAGGACAGUCCAGGCAAAGAUCCUCCAUCAGGAGUUCUGCUGUUGUUGGUUCUUAGGGACCUAAAAGACCCUCCAAAGUUAAAUGUUUCCACCUUUUGGAAACCAAUAAUAGGGCAACCACAAUUUCAAGCCCCCAAACCAGGACAGGAUGGGGAAAAAUAACCUAUUUCAAUGCUUUGCACACCCGUCGAGAUGAUUUUUCUGCACUUGGGCAGCAGAAAAAUUAAGUUUUGUUUCACAAAAUCCAACAAAAAAACUCACGUCUGCCCAUUCUGCCCCAUCUGUAGCCACUAGUGAUGUUUGGUCGUCUCAUUAUCAUCUUUAAUUUUGCUGUUUCCGCCAUGUGCGACUGAAGAUGUUGUUUUCAGUGUAUUUGGCAUUUUGGUUGCCACGUAAAUUACGAAGAAAGGAUCAAGCCUCCGGUAUUUUGUUGGUUCUGUUUUCACUUCUUCCUCCGUGUGUUCAGCUGCGCUGCUGCUACAUUUCAACCACAAAUCUAUUUUCUUGGUAUUCAUGUCAUAUCGUCGGUCGCGGUCACAGUGAAUAAACGUGAACAUGAUUGUGUGUGUAACAGCAGUUGACAGUUUGCGGCGGGUAACAAUUGCAUUGGACAUACAGUAGGAAUACUGAAUAUAAAACGUGUAUAAAACCUACAUUGAGAUUUUUUUUUAUUGAACUGAUAGUAUAAUUAUUUUAGGAAAUAUGCAUGACUGAUAUUUUUUUAAAUAAAAUUAUCUGCAGAAUUUUCCGAAAGAAGAACAUACAGAGUCCUCCCUGUCAGUCAUCAGAGACUCUACAGAGUACUACAAAGUACCUCUCGGGGCACCUCUGUUAGAAGAACACUGAUUGAAGGGGCACUACAGCAGUUCAGUAAAGUUUGGGGCUUCAUGAGAGAUGUAUUUUAAAAAGAGUGGUCAAAACUGAAGCAGCAGACACCAGAAUAUUCUGACUUUUAAUCCCUAGUGUGAGAAAAGCUCUAGAAAAUGGUGGAUCCUACAUUUCCCAUGAUGCAUUCCUUCAAACUCCACCCCUCCUCUUUGUCACACAGGCUCUCAGUAAACAGAUUUAAAGCCGAGAUGACAAACACUGGAGCACUGAAGACAUCAUACAGCUCAACCUAAAAACCAACCGAGUGCCUCUAGCGAUCCUUCGCCUUGAUGAUGUCACAUCACCGAGUCCAACCGCAGCCAAUAAACUGUCUUCAAUUUUACAAAAGCUCUGCCCUCUCAAACAGGGAGCAGAUCUUGUGCCAUAUCAUCCUAGAGACUCAUUAUUUCAUACACAACAUGAGCCGACUGCUCAACAAGAAAAGACUUUUCACAGUGUUGCUGCGUCACAUGUCCGACACCAGGAACUUUGUUCGGACGGCAAAAUGGAAACUUGUGAUUUUAACACACACAAAAAGUUUUAAUGUUUGUUAGCUGAACAUGGAGUCACCCAAAGCUGGAGCGCUCAGCGUCCUGUCAGUGAGUUCAUCAUCUAUGAAAAGUGAUAUGUAAAAGAACGUGCUGUGUGUCUCCAGACUGGGUGCGUCCACGGUGCAGGUGGUGUUUGUGUGUUCACAUGAACCGACGGGGCUGCAGAAGGAACCACGCUGUAAAAAUUAUGUAGCCUUGAUGCA